AUGGACAAUGGCGCUAGGAAGCUUCGACAUCAAUACCAACCGAGGACAGCCGUAAAGUCGCAGGCCCUAGCGGAUUUUGUGGCAGACUUUAGCCCCGAAUUGGAGAAGAUAGCGGACGACGAAGUCGAACUCAUCAAUAACGUAGAAGAAAUAUGGACACUCUUUGUCGACGGCUCAUCUAACUUUCGUGGUGCAGGUCUAGGCGUCGUACUAAAGUCACCACAAGGAGACAUGAUAGCACAAGCCAUCUGCUGCGAUUUCAAGGCGACAAACAACGAAGCAGAAUACGAGGCGCUAAUUGUUGGACUGACGUUAGCUGAAGAAUUGGGGGCAAGCGGGCUCAACAUCUUCAGCGACUCACAACUAAUCGUCAACCAAAUUAACGGCGACUACAAGGCUAAAGACCUAAAAAUGACCUUAUACCUCGAAAAAGCAAAAAAGCUAACCUCCAAAUUUAAACCCUUCUCCAUUAAACAAGUGCCAUGA